AUGGUCCUUGGCGCGCUGCCCCAGGUCGACUUUGACCGCAUGGGCAAGGUCGGCCUCGCCGGCUCCUUCGCGGGCCUCGACGUCUUCAGCAACAGCACCGUCGCCUUCGACCCCUCUACUGCGUCUCUCCUCUCCCGCUCAACCAACGGCGCACUCGCCCGCCUCGGCUCCACCAACGCGGGGGGCGCCAUCUCCGCCGGGUGCGCCCUCGGCUCCACAUUCUACGUCGCGGGCACGUUUUCGUCCAUCAACGGCACGAGCGCGAGCAACAUCGCCUCGUACGAUGCGUCGGCCAGCAAGUUCUCCGCCCUCGGGUCCAACGGCCCCAACGGCCCCAUCCAUGCGCUAUUCUGCGACUCCAGCAACAAUAAGGUCUGGGCGGGCGGCGCGUUCUCGUCACCCGGGAAGAACGUCGCCGUUUGGGAUGCCAAGGCACAGUCUUGGUCCGCCGCGCCCUUUGGUGGGCUCACCGGCGCCGCGUCCGAGGUCCUAUCUAUCACCACAAACUCCUCUUCCUCGUCGCUUUUCUUCGCCGGCUCAUUCAUCACGGCCUUCGCGGGCAACGGCACCUCUACCCUCAACUCGACCAACAACCCGAACGUUCCCUUCUCCAAGGGUGCCUCGCCGUUCUCGUCCUCCCUCGUACCCAUACCUUUGCAGAACGCGCAGAUCGAGGGCUCGCCGUCCACGCAACAGGCAGAAUUUAGCAACAUCGACAACAUCCUUUGUCCCGCUGGGGCGGACGGACCGAACAACACCUGGUUCGCGGCGGAUGGUAACGCAGCCGUCAUCACUGCACGCGCGUUUUCGUUCAUCAGCGCCGCCGGCGUUCGUCUCGGGAACACAUUCCUGGACAGCAGGGGUGCCACUGGGUUCAAGGUGACGACUAUUCCGGACAACACCGUUCAAACGCUCAAGUUUUUGGAUCCUACUACCGGUCAAAACACCACAUGCAGUGACCCCUGUCCGCUUUCCACGGAUUCCUCGCUCCUGUACCAAGACUUCCUCUUCGCCUCCGCGCCGCUCAACAUCACCGGCGUACAGGUCACCCUAUCCAACUGGACCGGCGCCGGCCCGGGACUGCACAUCUUCCAGCUCCUCUCGUCCGGCGCCUUCGCCUCCGCCCUGGCAGACGAAAAUUCGGUUUCCUGCUUCGCGCCCAACCCCUCGAACACGACCCAGACGGGCGAUUGGACCGAGAAGCAGGCGAACACUGGCAUCCCGGGCACGGUCCAGAGCGUGCUGGUGAGCGACGUCAACGUGGGGACGUCGGCGAGCACGGGCCCGAGCUUCACCUGGAUGCCGUACGUUUCCGCCUCGGGCGACUACAACAUCAACUUCCUCGUCCCGGGCUGCACCGAGUUUCAGGACUGCAACGCGCGCACGUCGGUCAAGGUCACUGUGUUCCCCGGCGGCGACCAGCAGCCGUGGGUGACGACCGUCGACCAGACCAACACGGACGACGCCAGCACGCUCAUCUAUUCUGGCCCGAUCGUGCCGAGCUCGACCGACUUCGUGGUGACCGUCACGAUGACGCUCGCCGACCAGCCUGUCGGAAAUGGGCAGAACGGGCAGUGGGAGAUUGUGGCGGAUCGGAUACAGAUGGAGCUCACCAACGCGAACCUGACGUCUACCGGGACGUCGGGUAGCGGUAGCGGGUCCAACGCUACCACCGCGUCAACGAGCGGCUUUGGGUUCUUCGAGUGGCCGCUCAGCAGCUCCGACUCCUCCGUGAACGCUACAUCCACUCUCCCCAACACGACUGAGACCGCGUUGGACGCGAUCGGUCUGGAGCUGCUCACCGCCAUGGGCGGAAGCGGCAGCCUGUCCUCGGCUUCUGCGGCCGUCAUCGCGGCCGUCGCACACCACCCGUCUGGUGCGGUCUUCCUCGGUGGAGAUUUCUCGCUCUCGUCUGGCUCCGCGUCCGGCGCGAAGAACAUCGUCAUGUUCAAGAACGGUGCGUUGGCGUCGCUGGCCGAGAACGGGUUGAAUGGCGCAGUAACGUCACUUGUCGUCGAUGGCGACACGCUCUUCGUUGGUGGCGCGUUUGAAGAUACAGCGAGUGGUUCGACGGGCGGGAAGGUGCGCGGGGUUGGGGCGUAUAGUGUCAGUGGGGACAAGUGGGCGGCGCUUCAGGCCGGUCUGAACGGCGCAGCGACGAGCCUCGGGUUCGCGAACGGGCAGCUUCAGGUCGCCGGCAACUUCACCCAGAUCGUGUCCGCUUCUUCCACCAGUUCCGGCAUAUCCUCUGGCGGCUUGGCGGUGUGGGACGCGCAGAACAGCACGUGGGUGAACAGCGGCGGGUUCCUCGCCGGCAGCAUGACGUUCGUCGGCAACGGGACCGCGGCGAGCAAGAGCCAGAGCCAGACGCAGUUCGUCGCGGGCAACGUCGCCGCGUCGAGCCAGUUCGGCGCGAGCGGAUUCGUGAUGCUGUCAAAUGGAGGGAAGGAUGGGGUUCCGACCGUGACGCCGUUGGGCGUGCAGUUAGCUAGCGGCGGGAAUGAGAGCGCGAGCGGGACGGCGACGAGAAGGAGGCGGUCGCAUGUGCGCGCCGCGGCCGGGCUGUUCCCGAGGCUGCAGUUCCCGAAGCUGUUGUCCAGGCAGUCAUCGACGACUAGCGCGCUUGAGCCCCUACCCACCGUUACUGCGUCUUCGGGCCCGAGUGUGUCCGCCGGCGCGUUUUGGACGAACAGCACGUCGAAGGACGAAGUGGUCAUCAUCGGCGGCAACUUCUCGUUCACGAGCGCAUCCGGAGCCGAGGCGAGCAAUGUUGCUAUAUACGACCCGAAGUCCGGCUCCGUCACGGCUUUGCAAGGUUCCCAGCCCAGCGGCGUGGUCCAAGCGCUUCUUGUGCAAGGCGACAACUUGUUCAUCGGAGGCCAGUUCACCGUCGAAGGCACUAGCGCGAAUGGCUUUGCUGUUUACGAUCUUGCGAAUCAGAAGUGGGCGUCGAACACCCCUCCUGCGCUGGUUGCAAGCUCUGGCUCGGUUCUCGUGCGCUCGCUCACGAGCUCGGAGUCCAAGGAUAACACCGUCAUUGUUGCCGGUUCGUUCACGUCGGCCGGCUCAACGAGUUGCCAGGGUAUAUGCGCGUGGGACACGAGCAACAGCCAGUGGACCGAGUUGGGCAGCGGCGUGCAGGGUGACGUCGUGUCCGUCGCGUAUGGCGGGCAGAGCACGCUGGUCGCGUCCGGAUCCAUUGCACUCUCUGGCAACACCGCCAACGUCGCCGCCUAUACCUUUGCCAACAACUCGUGGUCGGCAAUCGGUAGUGGUUCCGAACUCCCGGGCCCUGUCACUGCCCUCGAAGUUAACGGAGGCAACCUCAGCAGCAUCUUCGCCGCUGGUCGCUCCAGCGACUCGAGCUCCGCGUUCUUGUCCGUAUGGGAUGGCCGCACUUGGUCUUCGCUCGGUUCGACUCUGCAAAGCACCACGAACAUCUCGCAGUUGGUGAUGGUCCCGCUCUCGGACACGCAUACAGCCAACAGCAUCAUCGAGAAGGACAGAAUGCUCCUCGUUUCCGGCACCUUGUCCGAAUCAUCGUUCGGCAACGCUUCUUCGGCCUUGUUCGACGGCCAGACGUUUCACCCCUACAUCACCUCCACGUCUGCUUCGGGUGACCCUGGCGCCAUCUCCGCCUUGAUCCACUCUUUCGCCACCUUCAGCUUCACCAAGCACCAUUUCCUCGCCACCGGCAUCGUCAUCCUCAUCUCGAUCGCCAUCGCGGCCGGCAUAGUCUUCCUGCUCGUUCUCAUCGGCAUCCUCUGGACACUAUUCGGCCGCAAGGAAGAUGCGGACAAGUUCGACCCCGCAGGCACUGACGAAGACGACGACUCUAUCCACCACCGGCCGUCGUCGCUGCUGGAGCACAUCAAUGCCGCCACGCGCAACACGAUCAUGGGUAGCCCGGCGUUCGGGGCUUCCAUGACUGGCGAGAAGGAAGCAGAGGCAGCUGCAGUGGCGGGUGUUGCUGCAGCCUCUCAGAGGGGAGAUGUUUUCGGUGGCGAUGAGCACCGACCGGAUACACCCUCAGAUGCGCCCGUUGGUGUAGCUGCUGACGGCAGUGGCCGUCUCGCACACGCCCGUUAUUCAUUCGAUGGGCGAGAAGAGGGCGAGCUACCGCUGUCGUCUGGAACAGAGGUCGAGAUCUUGGAUGAUCGGGAUGCUGCGUGGUGGUACGCACGAGACCCGAACACUGGCAAUGAAGGAGUGGUGCCCGCUAAUUAUGUAUACUGA